GUGUGUCGUCGUGAGCGCGCGCCUGAGUCUGAUCUCCGCUAGAUGAAAUGGUCUCCAUCGGGAGCGCGCACAUAGAAAACUUCAAGAACUUCUGAACGUCUGGAAAUGUUUCAGUCUUGUCUGGAGCGAACGUUCUCAGACACUCAAAUAUCUUUCUAGGAUAUUUAAAUUGACUGGACACUGUUUACUCGUUUGGAAGAACUAUGGACAGCAUGGGGAUGUUGUCUCUUAUCUUCCUCGUCUCGUUGCAGAGUCCUGCCUCGCUCUCUCUGACAGUGAGCACCAGUAAGGCCAAAGUGGUGGUCCAUGAGAACACAGACGCUGUGCUGUCCUGUCAGUUCAAGACAGAGAAGGAGACUAACCCUCGUAUCGAGUGGAAGAAGAAAGGGAAGGACAUCACCUUUGUUUAUUUCGAUGGCAAAUUCAGCGGAUCCUUUGCAGGUCGGGCCAAGAUUGAGGGUGCGACGGUGACGCUGCACGCCGUUACCCAGAAGGACUCUGGGCUGUACCGCUGUGAGGUCAGUGCUCCAGCAGACCACACCAACCUGGGAGAGAUUAACGUCACCCUCAACGUACUGGUGCCCCCCCACACCCCGUCCUGUGAGGUGCCCAGCUCAGUUUUGUCUGGGGCUGGGGUAGAGCUCCACUGUAAGGAUAAACUCAGUGUACCCCCUCCUACCUACAUCUGGUACAAAGACAACAAGGCGCUGAGCACCACACACACAACUGACACCUCCUUUAGCAUGGACACUGACAAGGGAACACUGAAGUUCAAGAGUGUGUCCAAGGCUGACUCAGGCCAGUAUCGCUGCGAGGCAUCCAACAGUGUGGGGGCGCCGAAGAGCUGUGUGGCCCAUCACAUGAAGGUCAUAGAAUAUCAGUUGAGUAUGAUGACACUGAUAGCCGGAGCUGUAGGUCUCUUCCUGCUCAUUGUUAUGUGCUGCCUGGGUGUGUGCCUCUGUCAUCGACGGGGCUGCUGCAGAAAGAAGAAGCAGAAAGGAAGAAGCACCAAUUCCUACAAUCCACCUCCUCCUCCCACCAGAAACCCCAAGAACUACAAACACACCCAGUCCUUCAUGAUUUGAGGUUUCCUUUGUGAAACUCAAAUCAAAGCUUGAAGCAGUGAAAUCACACAAAGUCCCCCUCCCUGACACACACACACACACACACACACACACACACACACACACACACACACACACACACACACACACACACACACACACACACACACACACACACUGGGUGGAUGGAUAAGAUUGUGCAACAGACAUGUUUUAGCUUGUUUACACCACCUAGUGGCCAAAGGAUGAUGCACAAUGAUAUAUUUGUCACACAAAAACUCACAUGCUGUAUGUAACCUUCGCUUUUUGUGCUUUAUAGCAAAUUCUGCUGUUUAUGACUGUAUUGAGAAGCAACGAUGUGUAUUAUUAUUGUUGUUUUACAGAGAUGCUUUUAUGAUUAUGUUUUUAAAGUAUUUGUUUGCGGCUUUGGAUGUAGCCUACAAGGUUUUUGUGUGAUGAAGGAUAUAUGAUGUUUCAACAGGUGUCUGUAUGCACUGACGAUUGUUAGAUAGCUAGUUUUUAAUUAAAGUUAUUUUACCACAUGAUGCCUUCUAUUUGACAAAAUGAUACGUUUGGCCAUGAACCUCAUACUGAUUCUAUUAAGUUUUAAAAUGUUGUAUAAUUUAUAAGGAACAAAGAGGUAGGUAGGUAGGUAGGUAUUAAGUAGUCGGCUGAAAAAAUGUACAUAUGUUUGAAUGUUCAAGCUGUCAUCAGGUACAGACUUUCCUCCAGUUGUUUUUUACGAUUGAACCACCAGGUGGCAGUACAGUGUAGGAUAUUUACCUGGGGCAGACUGCACAAAGACCUUUGCAAAGAUUGUCAACUUGUAUACAGUAUAAUAUAGUAUCUAUACGGCACUAUUGUUCAUUUUGUUAUUUUAUUGUUGUUCUGCUGCCUCUACAUGUGGGGGUCUUGAACUGUUUUUCUGAGCAUUAAUUCAAAUAUUUGUAAUAGUUUGUAUGUGUCUGCGCAUGCGUAAUCUUGUUGGUGCACAUGGUCUUGUGUGUGAGCAUGGGCUUGCCACCUGUGUGUGAGCGUGGGCUUGCCACCUGUGUGUGAGCGUGGGCUUGCCACCUGUGUGUGAAUGUGGUCUUGCUACUGUGUGUGGAAGGUGAUGGCUGACAGCCAGAAGCUUGAAACAAAGUGUCCUCAAAGAUG